CAUACCCCAUUUGGGGUCAAUUUGUCGGUAAUUCGGCCUGGCAAGCGGAGCAACUCCGACCACUCCUUACAGCCAUGCCUAUUUCUGUGUCCUCUGCUUAACAUCCAACUCUUUAGCAACUACCUGAAUCACAGCUUCACACAUAGAGUCUGUCUAGACACAGAAUUCACCAUGGCAAAGAUCAAGUCAAUUGAGUACUUUCGUGUCCCUCCACGCUGGCUAUUCGUCAAGGUGGUUGAUGAAGAUGGCAAUUAUGGCUGGGGUGAGAGCACCCUUGAAGGGCACACCGAGGCCGUGGAGGGCACUUUGAACGCCCUAUGCAGGCGUUUUCAAGGUUACGAGGCCGAUGACAUCGAACACAUUUGGCAGAUGUCCUGGCGCUUAGGCUUCUAUCGAGGCGGCCCAGUCUUCAUGUCCGCCAUUUCGGGAAUCGAUAUCGCUCUCUGGGACCUGAAGGGCCGUCGACUCGGAGUCCCCAUCCAUCAACUUCUCGGCGGCAAAGUCCGCAACAAAUUAUCGGUCUACGCGUGGAUUGGCGGCGACCGACCCUCUGAUGUAGAAGCCGCCGGCAAGGCCCGUCUCGCCCAGGGAUUCAAGGCCAUCAAGAUGAACGCCACAGAGGACGUGAACUGGCUCGAUUCCCCCAGCGUCCUAGACUCCAGCGUCGAGCGUCUGAAGACUGUCAAGGCCCUCGGCCUGGACGCCGCCCUCGACUUCCACGGCCGACUUCACAAGCCGAUGGCGAAGCAGCUGGCCAAGGCACUUGAGCCGCAUCGACCCUUAUUCCUCGAGGAGCCGCUUCUUUCGGAACACCCCGAAGCGGUCAAACAGCUCGCCGACCAGGUCUCGUGUCCGAUCGCGCUAGGGGAGCGUUUGUACAGUCGCUGGGAUGUGAAGCGCUUCUUAGAGGAUGCGAGCGUGGACAUUCUGCAGCCCGAUAUCGCCCACUGCGGUGGCAUCUCGGAGCUGAGACGGAUAGCUUCCAUGGCGGAGACCUACGAUGUCGCGAUUGCGCCACAUUGCCCGCUGGGGCCCAUUGCCUUGAGCGCGUGCAUGCAGGUCGACUUGGCGACGCCGAACUUUGUCAUCCAGGAGAUGAGUUUGGGCAUGCACUACAAUACAGAGGCGGGAGAGUACGAUAUCACCAGCUACGUCAAGGAUGCGGGUGUGUUCGCGGUAAAGGAUGGAUAUGUAGACGCUCUCACGGCACCGGGGCUGGGGAUUGAGGUUGAUGAAGAGACGGUAAGACGAGUUGCUGCGAAUGCAGAGCCCUGGCUGCCGAAGGAGUUUUAUGGCUCUGAUGGUGGAAUCCGCGAAUGGUAGUAUGUCAUAGAUUGUGAAACGAGGGGGAAAAAACAGAAUAGAUCGACCAAAGUAGUUGAGGAUACAUCUCCAAAUAACCGAAAGCUGCUUUCCAAUUG